CUCCCCCUUCAUUCGACCCGACCCGCACACCCACUCAGCUUGCUUCGGAUCGGUCAAAUUGCAAUGCAGCGUUGCUGCUGACAUGUUGCAGCCUGCCUGACCACAACCCACAUUGAUUUGUUUGUUUCUUUUGGUCUCCCUCCCCUUUCUGGUGUGCUUGCAUACUUCUCGACAACUCGCACCGAAGUCGAUUUACGAUAGAGAACUACGCUUGGUGAGAGGAAGUUGUGGUGAUUCUCAUUGCUACAGGGAUGGAAAAUAGCAGCCCGGUACUUGCUUUGAGAUACUUCCCCGGUGAAAACUUCCCCCCUAAUGCGACAGCAGACGCAAUCGAAAAUGGUUGGAUCUCGCAUUCCCGGUCUGAAAGAGAUGAACCCAGCCGGUACAAACUCUCGUUCAAGGCUGGCCCAGCCGGGUACAAUCGCGAACAAGCCUCCAGCAGUGCCGCGUAUGUUUUUCAGGUGACCUUCGACAGAUGCGUCGUGGUAAGCUGACAGACGCAGAACCGCCCCGUACGAGGAGCACCACGCAGUCCACCGAGAGU